AUGGCCAGAAACAAUUUAUCAGGAGGUGGAGUACAAAUGGAAACCUUUCAAGAACUGUUAUGUUCCCCGUCUUCGGUAGGUGGAUUACCAAAACAAUCAAAUCAUCUCGCAGUGGUAAAUGUGAUCCUCUCUCUUACUGCAAUUCUCGGGAAUUCGCUAAUCCUGGUUUCCCUUCGCAAAGAAUGUUACCUCCAUCCGCCCUCCAAACUUCUGUAUCGUUGUCUGGCAACAACUGAUCUUUUGAUUGGUCUUAUUAGCCAGCCUCUCUUUGCUAUUUAUUGGAUAUCCAUAGCUAAUGAACACUGGAAUCUUUGUCGAUAUAUAAGGGACGCUGCCUUAGUAACAAGCUAUGCAUUUUGUUGCUUAUCUUUGUUUACAAUGAUGUCUAUAAGCGUGGACAGACUUCUUGCCCUUUUGUUGGGGCUGAGAUACAAACAAACUGUAACUUUAAAGCGCACAAGUAUUAUCUUAGCUGCCGUUUCGGUUUUAUCGGGUGUGGCUGCUUUAUGCUACAUUUUAGAUUACCGUAUGACCUUAUGGUUUGGGUAUAUCUAUAUUCCAUCUUGUUUACUGAUCUCAGUGGUCUCGUACACAAAGAUAUUUCGCACCCUCAUUCAUCAUCAAGUUCAAGUUCGACUACAGUCAAGUCAACCAAAUUCACUGAACAUUUCGCGAUACAGAAAAGCGGUGUACAGUGCAUUGUGGGUGCAGUUAGCAUUAGUUGUUUGUUAUACACCAUAUAUUAUAGUUGAAAUCGUGAUUGUGGAGGGUAAUAGAAUAACAUUUUCAUCACAUUUAAGUGUCAUCAGAGGAAUAGCAGCAACUUUAGUUUACUCCAACUCGACGUUAAAUCCGUUUCUUUAUUGCUGGAAAAUUAAUGAAGUGAGACAAGCAGUGGAGCAGACAAUCAGACAAACGCUUUGCCGUCCAUGGAGUUAGAUCUGCCUCGAUUGAGGCAUUAUUUUAUUUGUUGUUUCAAAGCUGACAAGACAACGCUUGUUUGUAAUAUAAUAAUAAAUAUAAAAGUUUACCACAUUGUUGCUCGAGCUUUUGAUAAAAUUCUUUUUUUUUCCAAUUGAGUAAAUAAAACGGUGAAGAGUCGAAACAAACAGCAACCAUAUCUUGAGGAAACUUUGUUGCAUGCGACAGUGCUUAAUAUGAAUAUCACGACUCGUGAUAUAAGCACGCACAGUAUAGAAACAAACACGACGUUAAUAGUUCGAUAUUACUUCCCUGGUUUGCUUUCUUAGUAAUAUGAAAGUGCUGGAUAAAAAUGAACUUUAAAGAAUAUUAAAGAAGAGCCAUUGAAGUUAUUAGUUUAUAGACGGUAAAACAAAUUCAACAUUUUUAAUGUUACUGAAAAAAAAGCACGACUUAACAAUAUCAUUAUCUAGGAAACUGCCCACCUACCCCUCCCCUAACUCAACAACAGUCAAUUGACACCAUGUUAAGGUUAAUGCUGGGUUAGGGGAGGGGUAUGUGGGCAGUUGCCCAGAUACUGAUAUUGUUACGUCGUGCUUUUUUUUCAGUAACAUUAAAAAUGUUUAAUUUUUUUUACGGUCUUUGCCCUUUUGCCAUACGAGCCAUUAACAAAUGAGAAUUGGCCAUCACUGAUUCUUGUUGAGUUCUCUUGGAGAUCGAUAGUUUUUCCAAAAUUUACUGAUGUGACAUAUCAUCAUAUUCCCUUAGCUGCCAAAAAACAGGGUUUUAUCGAUUAUUGUGGAAUAAUAAAACUCACAGGUGUUUUCAUGUUUCACUCUUAAUGCAAAUUCAUCUCUAAAUUAAACUUUACUGGUGAAGACAAACACGUAAUUUAGCCGCGCAUUAAUGUUUAAUAACAGACUUCGGGCUAUAUUCUGUGACAUUUGAGGAAAACAGCAAGAAUGAAAUGCCACAGAAUUAGCAUUUGCGAGGUAACGUUUUUUGUCUAUCUAGUAAUAUAAAUGCAAGACACAACCAUGAACUCCUGGCAAGAAAAAUGUACAAGUUUUUUGCAUAAGAAACUUUCAAGCAGGUAUUUCUUACAACAGAGCGCAAGGCUUAAUAAAAACGCUGUUAAAACACUGUGCUGAUGUUGAACGAGUUUUGCUAUAUCUUAACUUUCCAUUGGAUACACCUAGCCGUAGAGAAUAUAUUGUCUUUCUUAUACUUUAAUAUUGCAAUAUACAACUGUCCUCAUCAAAAGAGAAUUUUUAAUUUCACACAUCACCCGCAACAAAAGAGAACUUGAAAUUUUUUUAUCAAUUAGACAUCUGAAAUAAAUUGAUAUCAGUGAGUCCAAAAGGCCAACAUUUGCCUCUGAUAAAAGCACAAAAGGGUUUUGUAGCGUAGUAUCUUCCUCCUGACACACGUUCUCCUUCAUAGCUGAAAUAUUCAACAACUAUCACCAAAGUGGAGGUGAAUAAACAAAGCAUGACCUUCAUUGGGCGCUAAAAUACAUACGGAUAUUUGUAUGCAGACACAAUCAGUUCCGAGGAGCGAACAGUUUUUCGAGAGCGACCCUCGAGGAAAACUUUGAGCCUCGAGAAACAGAUAAUGCAUAAGGAUAAUUUCACCCCAAAUGGAGGCUACUGUGUUUAUUGUUCUUCGCACUCUUUUUUUUUAACGCGCGGGAUUGCUGCGUGAAAUGUUUAUUUUUCGGUGUUCGCUGGCACAAUUUUAAUCAACAAACAUAUUCCUUCUUCUGUAACAGUAACUAAACGCUCUUUUAUCUUGAAUUCAAUAUUAAACGAACGUUUGUAUUGUUGUGGACUUGAGGCUUAACAAAUUCUUGAAUAUCACUUGGGAUAUAUAUUAAUAUAUAUGUUGGCAUCUGUAAAAUUUGUAUAGCUGUAUAGUUUUAUCUAUUAGGACAUUUUCACGAGUUAAUUUUUUUUUCUUUUGAAAAACCUAUUAAGAUCUUUGGCGAGGACUUUUUCAUUUUAGCCUACUGAGGCUUAUAUCACUUUCGUUUUACUUUCUUAGAAAUAUGAAAGUGGAUGAUAAAAUUGAGCUUCAAACAGGUGCAAAGGGGAACUGUUCAAGUUAUUUGUUUGUAGACAGAAAAUUACUUAAUUAAUUAAUUUCAGCGUUUGACGUUGACACCUUUUUUCCAAGCGAACCGGUCAAAAUGCCAACUAUACGAUUAAAUUUGUCUUGUUUUCCGAAAAAUGUCCAUAAUGUAUAUGAAAAUUGAAAUGCUUUUAUUACCUGUGAGACAUUUGUAGAGGAGCGCUAGAAACAAAAUAGACUAUUACUACUCGGAUCCUUAUUGAGUUCUUGUGAGAAUCAAUAUUUUUCCGAAAUUAAUGUAACACAUUAUUACUUCCUUUGGCUGCAAAUAAUUUUUUUGUUUUAUCAUUAAUUGUAAAAAGAUAAAACUUACAGAUAUUUGCGUUUGACUCGCAAUGAAAAGUCAUUCCUAAAUUAAACUCAUCACACAAAUAUGUAGCUGUGUCAUACAAUAAUGUAUACCAACAGACUUCCGUUCAUAUUCGGUGAAGUUCAAGGAUAGACAGCAAGAAUGAAGUACCAAAAUAAUUGUUUCCAUUUAUUGAACGUUUUAAAUGCAAGGCACAACCAAGAUCUCCUACCGAAAGCAAAUUGUAGUAUUUGUCGCGCGAGGACCUUCCAAGUGAGCGUCUCUAAAAGGUAAUUGAAAGUCUCAAUCCAAGCAAGUCCAAUAGCCUUACUUUUUUUCUAAUUGAAAAGGAAAAUUGGAAAACGAAUGCCUUGGUAUAGGGCAGAAAGCGACUGGAGGGAACUAGUAACGUGACAAAAACAGGAAAUGUUUUGAUGAUGCAAUCCUAAUCCUGCUCCUCCCACUGCUUUCGUUUCUAGCUGAGUCGGGCGCGAAACGGAAAGUAAAAACCUGUAAGGUUUUGUUAAUUACAAAGUUGAACAUUAAUAUUUUGGUAUUGUUACCGGAAAAUUUAGUGAUUUUUCUGUGUGAUUGUUUGGAGCAUAUUUAUUACUUUUCAAUAUUUUAGCCGUUCUCAAUUCAUUCGAGUUUCUUUUAUUGUGAUGUUUUAAAAAAGAUAAAAGCCAACAGUAAAUUAUUUCAACCACUAACUUGUAGAUAUCGCUUUGUUCUCGCUGCCUUUAUGCACCUGAACAUCGAUCCUUUUGUGAUCUUAUUCUUAGUGGACGUUGUUAAGUAAACAUUCCUUGUAGUGACCUUUUCCGGCGACUUAUCUGGGAGGGAUGUUGCCAGCUGAACUUAUGCCCGUAAAUUAGUUAUUUUCGUAAGAUAAUUUUUGCUUGUUGUCACUUGUUCAAAACGUAACAGCAGCAUCGGAUAAAUAAUCAUUAGUUAUAACUGAUUUCUCACUUUUCCUUGUUAAUAUAUAUAUUUUUAAUUUUGAAGCUGUAAGUUCAAUUUCUUGAUUACUAUCAAUAACUUUAAAGAGACAUUUUCCGCUUCUUUUGUGAUACUAUUCAAAUAUCAGAAAAAGAUGUUUUUCGUCUUGUCACAAGCGUGGGACAUAAGGAAUCGAGCCUCAGACCUUCGGAUUCCGCGCUCCGAUGCUCUACCACUGAGCCACAGAGACUUUAUGGUGACAGAGGUCUAUUACGAAGUUCAUAUAACACGCGUCCUGCAUGCUUCCAGGAUCAGCAAUUUCGAUAGCGUCAUGUUUGUAAAUAGAAUAAGAGAGAUGGUAAGUUUUGAGCUCGAUAAAGAAAAACUAACGACAUUUCGUUCCCCCAGUUAGUGCGAAAAACCUAUGUCACAGAGAACGACAAAAUUCAGUUCCACGCAAGAGGCGUGAUCUAAUAAGCGCCAGCAAGAAAGGACCGCUCGAGUAACGUGAGUACCUCGAAUUUGCUUUUGUCCAUUUAUGAGGUCCGUGAAGAUAGUUUUUAAGAAACGUUUGCCGCAAUAUAAUUUUACGAAGCAGGAAGUCCCGCCUUCAGAAUUAAGACGACCAAGGUAAAUAGGGAGUUGCAAACUUCUUUGUUCGAAGAAGAAAAUUAUGACUUUUUUUUAGUUGGCAUUUUAUCAAAGUUCCUCGCCGCCGACGACACACGACACCGAUUCUAGUUAAGAGAUUGAACCAAUUUCUUCCAAAGACCCACCACGAGUUCUCACCGCAUUUUCCAGUCAGAGCCAAGCAGAUAAACGAAUACAGAGGCCAUAUCAGCAUCGAUAUCAAACGAAAGUCCGUCCAUUGUUCAACUUUCCAUCGUUCAGCCAAGUCCUGAUGUGCAGGGAAACGAUAGCGCACGAAGUUCACUUAUUUCUGAUCGACCCUUCGUCACCCCGGAGGUUGAAGAAAUCCGUGAUUCCGAGAAUCUAACAUCACAGGAGAAAGAAGUCAAGAGCUCGUGGUUGACCUGUCCAGUUAAUUAAUUCACCAACGGAACUGGUGCGAAGUGAAGAAAGUACACAAAACCAAAACAAAUAUAGAAACACAAAAAACGAUUUUGCAUCGAGUCAAGUUUGGGCAGCGACUCCCAGGAAGAACCAAGCGGGGCAGAACCAAAAGUUAGUGAAGAAUUUUGUCCUGACAACGCCAUUGCAAGUCCACUCCAAGUUGUCUGAACUGUUAAAUAAGGCCCAAGGUUCUAAUGAUGACUCACUAAAGCAGCCCGUUGUACCCCUAGUAGCUUAUUCGGAACAAGGCAGACGAGGGACACCGGAUUAUAAGAAUUAAAUUCAAUGCAUGGGAUGCUCGAAUAAAUGGCUUGACCGGGCGAAAUCAGAUAACCGCGAAGAACCGCCAAGACAGUGCACACGAGAAGGACGACCUAUUUGUUACUCGUGUGGGAGAAUUGCCAUGUGCAGCACAAUUGUAACAAGAAGUCUCCACGCGAACCAAAUCAGAAUUUUGAGCAGUACUAGCCAAACUACCCACGACGCCAAUAAAGCGGAAAUUAUCCUCAACGCUCCGGUUAUAGUCAGCCACAACGAAGGAAUGAAGUACCUUCUAAAAAUCGAAGAAGCUCUCAUUUAGCCGUGGUAGAUGGUCAAGAUUACGAAAAUAGUGAAAUGGCUCCGCUUGGACAAAAUUAACACACAUUUCCACGGGCCAACGCGAAUUCCUGGAAAUUCAGUGGAAUUCAGUAGAAUUCAGUGAAAACGAUACCUAACCACUAUAGGUAAAUUAGAAGAAAAGUCUGUUCAUGGAAUUAUAGAUACUGAUGCACGCGUUUCAGCCACUAAAGAAAAAGUUCCAAGAGAAAUCUAUGGUGAUGUUCCCUUUUUCGCAGUUCAGACUUGGAAAAGCCAGCCUACAACUAAAAAGAAUUAUUACGAAUACACUGCCUUUAUACCUUAAGGAUGUUCAGUUUCCUCGUGAAUUCCAAGUCGUGUAUAAUCUUGCCUAUGAUGCCAUCCUUGAUCGAAAUUAGAAUUUAGUGAUUUUUCCAUGUGUUUUCUUUGAGCAUGUUUAUUACUUUUUCAAUAUUGUAGCCGUUCUCAAUUCACUGGAGUUUCUUUAUUGUAACGUUGUAAAAAAGACAAAAGCCAACGGUAAAUUCUUUCAACUACUAACUUGUACAUACCACUUUGUCUUCACCGCCUUGUACCUGAACAUCAGUCUUUUUGUGAUCUUAUUCUUAGUGGACAUUGUAAAGUCAACAUUCCUUGUAGCGACCUUAUCUGGUAAAUUACUUCUCAAGGAUGUUGCCAUGACUUCUCCCAUUUACUUGCUAAGAUAUAUAUUAUUAAUUUUGGAGUUGUAAGUUCGGUCUCUGUUCUCUACGUUAGUAUCGAUAACUUCAAAGAGACAUUGUCCGCUUCUCAGUUUGUGAUACUAUUCAAAUAUUGUAAAUUUAGAGAACAAUAGAGCCACGCCUUAGAUAGUACUUAAGGAGGUACCUUAAAAAGGGAUCACACAGACGACUGCGUGGUGAUUAUAUUUAUUUAAUGAUUGUGUGGCGAUUACGAAAUUGAGUACGCAAGAGGGCAUGUCGGUUGUGGACGUGAACUAAAAUAAAGUUACUGUUGAAACAAACGCUGUUUAAUUCUUGACGUCCGUAGCAAGUUUGACUGAAGCAGGUCUCUGUGUACCAGGAAACCCUGACAAGUUUCCGUUCCUGCUGCAAGUAGUCUUUACCGAGCUAUUUUCCCCCGUUAUUGUUGCGUUCCCCGCAGAAAUAACAGGUCCAGUUGGUAUGAAAAAAAAACCUAUCGUCACAAUAUAUAUGUUGGCAUCUGUGACCAAACAUUAAUUUUGAAUACUUAAAUGUACUUGGAGAUUGCCACGAGUAAUUAUUAUUUUCUGAACCGUUUGAAAUCUCUGACGAGUACUUUAUUUUCUAGAUUGCUGAAGUUGAUAAUGAUUUUUCUUAACCUCAUAGAAGUUAUAUUAAAGCUUAAUUACCAAUCCUUAAAGUAAAAGUUAAUCCAAGUUACAAGGGAGAAUUUGCUAUGAAAAAAUACCUAUUAAAAAUGUCUUAUGCCCUUCUCGUUUGCCAACUUAUACCCGAGGCACAUAAAAAAGCUCAAAAGGAAACUUUGUUGACGUAACAGCCGAUGUUUAAGCAUAGUUUGCAGAAAGACCUCCCCAAUAUGUUUUCAUAUAAUCAUCUUUAGGCGGCUGCUGUUACGAUAAAUUAUCUUUCGUUGCAAUCACAGGUAAACCUAAAGGAAAAAGGAAUAAAGAAGUAUGAUGGCAAGAAAUAAUUUAACAGAAGGUGGAGUACAAAUGGAAACAUAUCAAGAACUGUUAUGUUCCCCCUCUUUGGCAGGCGGAUUACAACAGCAGUCGAUUCAUCUCGCAGUGGUAAAUGGAAUACUCUCUCUCACUGCAAUUCUGGGGAAUUUUCUAAUCCUUGUUGCCCUUCGUAAAGAAUCUUCCCUCAAUCCACCAUCCAAACUUUUGUAUCGUUGUCUGGCAACAACUGAUCUGUUGGUUGGUCUCGUUAGUCAGCCUCUCUAUGUUAUUUAUUGGAUAUCCAUAGUUAACGAAAACUGGAAUCUUUGUCGAUACUCAAGGAACGCCACCUAUGUAACCAUCUAUGCAUUUUGUGGGGUAUCUUUGGGGACAAUAACGGCCAUAAGCAUUGACAGACUUCUUGCGCUGUUAUUGGGGCUGAGAUACAAACAAACUGUAACUCUGAAGCGCACAAAUAUUAUUUUAGCUGCCAUUUGGGUUUUAUCUGGUGUCGCUGCUUUAUGCUACAUUUUAGAUUACCGUAUCAAUUUAUGGUAUGGAUAUAUCGGUGUUCCAUCUUGUUUAUUGAUCUCAAUGGUCUCGUACACAAAGAUAUUUCACACCCUUGUUCAUCAUCAGGCACAAGUACAAGUUCAUGUUCAACUACAGUCAAGUCAACCAAAUUCACUGAACAUUUCGCGAUACAGAAAGGCGGUGUAUAGUGCGCUGUGGGUACAGUUAGCAUUAGUUGCUUGUUAUACACCGGGUACCUUUCUUGAAAUUGAGAAUGUUCACAAUAGAACACUUUCACCACAAUUCGUCUUCAGCAGAGGAAUUGGAGCCACCUUACUUUACUUUAACUCGACGUUAAAUCCAUUUCUUUACUAUUGGAAGAUUAGUGAAGUAAGACAAGCAGUAAAGCAGACAAUCAGGCAAGUACUUUGCUGUCCAUGGAAUUAA